UUCGAGGCUGGCGCCAAGACCGAGUGAAUUUUACACCAAAACAAAAGGGCGGCUUUUUGGCGGAGAAAGGUCAUAGACAGUUGGAGAGAUUUUUUCAUAUAAAUGGGGAUGCAAAAGGAUCAUUUUCUCCAAAUUCGACAAGCCUUUGAGAAGGCCCAGAAAGGACAUCAAAAUCUUGCAAAGUUGGUGGCAGGUCUUAAACAUACAUACAACCAGUUGCAGGAUAAAGAUAAAAAUACAUUUCAUGAAGAAUUUAUCAAUUUGUUGAAGUAUCUCAUGACCAUUUACAAGCGAGAGCCAGCAGUAGAACGAGUAAUUGAGUUUGUUGCAAGGUUUGCUACUGCUUUUGAAGAACCUGGAGAUGAAGAAAUUGAUGAAGAAAAUUCUUUCAUAUCAUUCCUAUUUCGUUUUUUGCUCAAGUCUCACAGUGCAUGUAGCCACUCUGUUCGAUUCCGUGCCUGCCAACUUAUCAACAAACUUCUUGGUAGUAUGUCAGAAAAUGCACAGAUUGAUGACGAGCUGUAUGACCGUAUCUAUGAAGCCAUGCUAGUGAGAUUAAAGGACAAAUUUCCAAAUGUGAGAAUACAGGCUGUAUUUGCUGUGUCCAGACUUCAAGACCCCACUGAUGAAAAUUGUCCAGUAAUUGAUGCAUACUUGCACUUAAUUGAAUGCGACACCAAUCCAGAGGUGAGACGUGCAGUAUUAUCCUGUAUAGGGCCAUCGGCAAAAACUCUAACCAAGAUAAUUGGACGUACAAUGGAUAUUAAAGAAAAUGUCAGAAGAUUAGCCUAUGAGGUUUUAGCAGAAAAGAUCCAUAUAAAAGCAUUUUCCAUUGCACAGAGGGUAAAACUUCUUACGCAAGGCUUGGCUGAUCGUUCAGAUGCUGUGAAAGAAGUGGUGCAGAAAAAGUUGUUGCCAGCUUGGCUUCGCACAAUGGAGGGCAACAUUUUAGACUUGCUCCACCGUCUGGAUGUGGAAAAUUGUGUUACUGUGGCUGAAUCUGCACUUAAUGCCUUGUUUGCCCAAACCCCUCUUGAGGAUUUGGUUGAAAAGUGUCAAAGUCUAAAUCAUGGAAAGGUGAUAUCAGCAGAAAGUCUCACUUGUGAGAAUGCUCUAUAUUGGAGAUGCCUCUGCAAAUACAUGAAGUCAAUGGGAGAUGAAAGGGAAGAAGCCUUAGAGAAACUUUUACCUGAAGCAGCCAUUUAUGCUGCAUAUCUCUUGAGCUACCUGAAAAACCUUCCAAUACUGAAUGAAUCACAAAGAGCUGACUUUGUGCAAAUUGAAGAAGUAAUGAAGAAAGAAUUCAUUAGCCAGCAGCUGAUCAUUCUUGUUGGUUGCCUGGAUACAUCAGAAGAAGGUGGCAGGAAAUGUCUGCUGUCAGUGUUGCAAGAAAUUCUGAUCUUGCCCAACACACCAAGUUCCCUUAUUGCAUUGCUAAUGGUACAAUUGCUGUCCAUCCAGAAGGAUGAUGACCGGAGGAUUCGACUGGUUGCAGAGAUAAUAUCAGAUGUUCGGGAACCAAUUGUUCAUACUGAAGCAUUGGAGAAUGCUGAUCGACAAAGGAAAAAACAAGUUGAGCUUGCCAAUAUCAAAGUUCAGCUUGUAGAAGCCAAGCAAGCACUGGAGGAUAGUAUAACUCGGCAGGACUUCAUUCAAGCUUCAGUGCUGAAGCAGAAAAUUGAAGAAUUAGAAAAUUGCAAAAUUGAGAUGAUAAAAGCAAUUGAACAACCUGAAUGCAAAGAGGUUUACAUUGAAAAGGAUGAUCCUGAAACUAUGUUAAAAUGUCUGAUCAUGUGCUAUGAGCUUCUCAAACAGAUGGCUAUCACAAAAGGAAUAGGUCCAACUCUGAAUGGAAUAGCAGAGGCUUUGAUACUGCCAAGCAUUGCAAAUGUCAAUCCUGCGGUAAGAAACAUGGCGGUCUUGUGUCUGGGCUCAUCUGCAUUGCACAACAAAGAUUUUGCAAUUCAGCACCUGCCACUGCUAUUACAGAUUGCUCAACUCGACAUGAUUAAUGUGAAAAUCAGUGCACUGCGAGCAGUAUUUGACAUUCUGCAGGUAUUUGGGAUUGAGGCUUUCAAAUCUAAUCCUUCUAAAUCCCAUGAAAUGCAAAAUGAAGAAAUUGGGAGUGAAAUUGAAAAAUCAAAACCUGAUGAAUGUGGUGAGUCUACGGUGGAAACUGACACAGUCAAUAGUAUCCUUACCCUCCUUUUGGGAUACUUGGAUAAUGAGGUAAUAGACCUUAGGACUGUGGCUGCUGAAGGCUUUGCCAAACUGUUUUUCUCUGGAAGACUUUCUAGUCCUAAAAUUCUUUCUCGACUUAUUUUGUUGUGGUACAAUCCUGUGACUGAAGAGGACACCUGCCUCCGUCAUUGCUUAGGGGUUUUCUUUCCACUCUAUGCAUUCAUGAACAGAAAAAAUCAAGAAUGUUUUCAGGAAGCUUUCCUACCUACUUUGAGGACCCUGUUCUAUGCACCAGCGUCUUCUCCUUUAGCAGAAGUUAAUCAGCAUAAUGUAGCAGAACUCUUUGUGGAUUUGACAAGAGCCAAUGCAGUAAAUGUCCAAAACAAGCAGAUACCGGAUUAUCAGGUGUUUUCAGUGCAUGACAAUCUGGCUGUGAAGAUCUGCAAUGAAAUAUUGAAGGAUCCAGAUUCCCCAGAUAUUCGUAUUUUGGUAAAAACUCUGGGAUUGCUUGACCUGUCUACUGAAGCAUCGCCUUGCACAGAGCAGUUGUGUGUUCUCCUCGAUAACAUUAAGGAAUUGAAAAACAAAGUAAAUCAGCGAAUCAUUGAAAAAAUUAUGCUUCACUUACGUGGAGGAUCAGGAGACAAUGAGGAGAAUAAAAACAACACCACAACAGAGAUAACAAAUGAAAAUGAUAAAGAUGAAGAUCUAUCCCAAAUCACUGGAAGUGUCAAAAUUUCUAAACAACCAAAUAAUGAAACAAUAAAUGGUAAAGGAGGAAAAGAAAUGACCAAGUCCAGCAAAAAGGAACAAGGGAAAUGUUUGUCAACGGCGAAGUCUGUAACUAGAAGCAGAAGGACCAGGAGAGCAGUGCAAUCUUCAGAUGAAAGUGACAGCCAAGACUUUGCAAGCUCAGCACCUUCAGUACCGACAAGACCUUCAAGGCGGGCAAAGACAGCAGCACUGGCGAAAACAAAGAUGAAUCUCUCUCGAUUAUUGAACAAAGGAGAAGAUUAAUCCCAAAAUCUUAUUUCAUGAGCCCCGACAUUGUUUCCAAGAGGCAAUAUUUUGUGCUUUAAUUUCAUGUCUCAUAAAUCACAUACAGUACUGAUCAUGAGAGAUUAUUGUUAUUAGGAGAGUGUUAAAGUGAGAUGCUCCACUGCUUAAAAAUCUUUUUUAGCUUCUUAAUUUAAUAUGCCAGUAAUGUUUGGAGACUUUUUUUAAUAUACUGAUGCAAAUGUGUAUCCUGAAGAUGUGACCUUUAGUGGUGUUUUAAAAUACUGAGUGCGGUAUAUCCAGUAGCAAUGUUGUACUUGCAAGGUGUGUGCUUUAACUGAUCUUGCAACAAAAAGCUAAGAAUGAUUUUGGAUAUGACUGUUAAUGUUUAGUUUGUGGAUAUUAAUGUGUAUUCCUAAUGUGUAUUUUUAUUUCCAUAGGACACUUGUUUAAACAAUAAAUGUCUAUUAUUAAUCUAAGUUUUAUUUGUAACAUAAUUAAAAAUUCUUAAUACUG